UUUACGUCAUUAAGUAAUAUAAUAAUUAAAUAUAAUAUUAAUAAUAAAGAUCUAUAUAAUUUCGAUAAACUUAACUUUAUAAUAAGCGUUAUUACCGGGUUAAUAAUCGUUACGUAUACCGAUAAAUAUAAAAAAGUAAAAUCCGUUUAA